AUGGCCAAACACCCAGUAGCACCCGAUAAAAGUGAGAAGGAAGAGCUAUCGAUUGAAGAAGUAUACGAUAAGACCGCUCUGUCUGGUCCUAUGCUGUCUAUUACUUCCUUCUUCUUUGCAGACUACACAGAGACGAAAAAAUUCACUGAGUUGUUAAUCAAGUCGUUACCUAGAGAUAUCGGACUGUUUGUUCUUCGUCUUCCUGACGAACCUUUUCAUUUCGUUCGCAUUGUGGACUCCGCAUCACCCGAUCAGAAACGCCAUAAAAGGAUCUCUCCUUAUAGCCAGUUCCUUGGUACAAACGUUGACGUUAACAAAAGACGACUCUUUAUCAAAAAGUUCCCCUUGGACACUCGUAGUAGUGUGGCAUCAGAUAGCUACACUACAGCAAGCAGCGAUUUUCCUUGUGACAUUAAGAGCGAGUCCUUUUCCAAUGCUACUAGUUUUAGUCCGCUAUUAACCAAUAGUACUCGUGGGGAUUCGGUUAUCCAUAACGAUUGCAAUUCCUCUAACGUAGAUGUGCCGAUACCUGGUGGACAAACGAACACUGCCCCUGCAGUUAAUGGAAGUAUCAAACGUGACGCUGUGGGUUCACAAAAGGCAGUUGACCAGAAUAGCCAUCAGGAAGCGGUGACCGUGUCCGACUACGUUUCAGUCUCAAAUACGGAGAUAGCUAAUAUAUUCGUUACCACUGCGUCAAUUGAAAAAAGCUGCUGCCUUAGGGACGACAGUUGUUCAGUAUAUACUGCACUUUAUCUGAUGGCUGGGAUGAUGGCCGCGAUGAACAAGGACACACAUCAGGUACAACAAGCUCGUCACUUUGAUUUGUUUCAGGGUGGAAAGUGUGACGAGUUCUCACUUUGGUAUUCAAAACGUCUACGAAGGAAAUUCCCUCCCUGGAUCUUUAGUACACUGUAUUCGAACGUAAAACAUUGGAACGUGAAACAUUGGAACGACCCAAAGGGAUUCCAUUGGGUCCCGCAUAGAUCUCAUUUUCGUUUGCAUGACAAUGUGGACGAAACAUUUACCAUUUGCUCACUUGACACUAUCGUUGUAUUGAAAAUGGCUUAUGUGAUAAGUUCACCCGCAUUUAACCUAUAUGUUUCCAUACAAGUACUACAAGAGAAGAGGUCUCCUCCAGGAGGCGGGGCUCAACGUCCUUCACCAAAGGACAAUAUCAGACAUGUAAUCAGAGUUAAAGAGAUGCAUACCUAUGCUACAUAA